GUUGCUGUUAUAACAGGGAGGUUCCGCUGCCCUUGAUUAUGAGGGGCAUCUCAGAGCAGGGUAUAAUGGGAGCAGAGCGUAAAAAUAUAAAUAUAUGAUCUACAGUCCACCGUCGUUUGGAGGCACUUUCAAAUAGUCGUAGAAAUGAAGCUUUGGAGCACGGAGCACAUAUUCAGCUAUCCAUGGGAGACGGUGAUCAAAGCAGCCAUGAGGAAGUACCCCAAUCCAAUGAACCCUAGUGUUGUUGGAGUGGACGUUCUUGAUAGGAACUUGGACACACAUGGACGUCUACACAGUCAUCGGCUCCUCAGCACAGAGUGGGGUCUUCCAGGGAUUGUCAAAGCGAUUUUAGGGACAAAUCGAACCACCACAUAUGUACAAGAACAUUCCAUUGUGGACCCAGAAGAAAAAAAAAUGGAGCUUUGCUCAACAAACAUAACCCUAACCAAUUUAAUAUCUGUUGAUGAAAGACUUGUCUACACACCCCAUCCAGAAAAUCCAGAGGUCACUAUAUUAACACAAGAGGCGAUCAUCACGGUGAAGGGGGUCAGUUUGAGCAGCUACCUUGAGGGACUGAUGGCUCUUUCCAUGUCAGCGAAUGCAAGAAAGGGAUGGGAUGCCAUUGAAUGGAUCAUUCAAAACUCUGAAAGGGAAAAUGUUCCUUUGUGUGACCUGUGUUGAACAGGCAAUAUUUCAUGAAGCACCUGUUUUGGAUGGUACAAACCAGACAUGACAUGUAGUUGGCUUUAUCAUAUCCAUUGGUACUAAAGGCUAUUUAAUAACUUGUUUAUAAGCGGAUGGGGCAUACAUGUUUGUAAUAUAAAUAUACAUACAUACAUACAUGUUUAUUUAUUUACAUUAAUUAUUUAUAAUUUUCAUGCUGAGGCAUAGAUAAGGCAUAAAUGUUGUAAAAAAAAAUCUACAUUAUUUAUUUAUUUAUUUAAUUAAUGUCUGUUGCAUGAUAAGGCAUAUAUUUUAUAAAAUGCAUAUUAUUGUUUAUUUACUUUUUUGAUGUCUCAUGUUUCAUGAUGAGACUUAGAUGAGGCAUAAUUGUUUAUAAUAUAUACUUUAUUUAUUUAUUUAAUGUCAGUUUCACUUGUGUUUUUAGAGCAUAUGAAUGAACUUUCAGCAGCUCUAAAAGCACAUCUGGCCUGCCUGACUUUGCCCCAGCUCUCUUUGUGUUGAUGAUUGUACACAAAGGUAGUCAAAUGUGCUCAUUUAGGCACAUAAUAUUGCACUAUUACAGACAAAACUGUAUGCAGUUUUGAAUGUCGCUUAAAAAUAUGAAUGCACUGCACUGACUACCUCUUGUUCUAGAGUUUUUUUAAUGCCAUAACAUAAUGUCUCUGUAUGAAGUGGAUAUUGGAUGUAAUUAAGAAAGUUCAGAAUAUCUAUGAAGUUAAUAUAAUUUUCAGUUUGUUCUUCUUAUUUUUUAAGGGGUAUAUCAGUUAGUUUAGUUGCUUCAGAAAGUUUGCAUGGGUAGUCUUAGAGUGUAAUUAACCUAAAAGUCUAGAUAGGCUAAAUCUUGUAGGAUAGGUACUAUAACUUAUCAAAAGUCAUUUUGUAAUGUUUACUUUAAAAAAGUUAUGCUGCUUCAAUGACACAAUGUGAACGUAUUGUUAGCCCAUUUGGGAGGAUUUAAGUUUAUUUAUUAGAAUGAUAACAAAUGCUCAUUUACGGUUUAUGUUAAAAAAAUAACUUAUUAUUUUUAUUAUUUUAUCCUUAUAUUACUGCUGUGGUUUAAUACGAAGAGCGUGUUUGAUUUAGUUUGUGAAGGAAAUGUUACAAUAUAUAUGUUUAUUAAAUUAAUAACUGUAUAUUUUCUUUAAUAGUUCAAUGUUACAAAUUCAACAACUUUUAAAUAGUUUGAUAGUUAAAGGGAUAAUGUGUACUUUUUAUGUAUUUUAUUAUUCAAAAUCAAUAUUUGUAUUCAUAAAUACUGUAGGUCCUCCAUGGUGUACAAAUACCUCUGCCAAAUAUCUGACUUAUCCUUGUAAAGGAUAAGUCAGUAAACGAAGAAUUUAUUAUCUUUAAAUGGGACCGGUAGGUCCAUAGACAUAACAAAUACAUAGAUGGCCAAUUGGCCGCUUUAGAAUGUUGCUGCUAUAUGUCAACGCGUCCGCCAUUUUGGGCAAGUCUGCACUGUAAUCAAAUGCAAGUAAACGGUGACCUGCGGUUUUUCUGGAUAAAAAAACUGGACUUUCUGGAUUUUUACAUUUAUCAAGUGAUUUCAUUGGUUUGUACGUGGUGUACAAAAAGUUCCAUCUCUAGUUAUUUAACAUCUCGAUAGUUUAACACUUUCUGUGUGACAUUCUGUCAAAGCUUUUUGGUACAUAAUGGCUACCAUAGAUACAACUCGCAUUUGAAAAAGCGAGGCCUGGAGAGCACAAUUCGUUUGAAUGCAAACUACAUUUUCACUGCUAGAUAGGAGAAAUUCCUACACAUUGUCCCUUUAAAAACAAUGCUUGUCAAAGUAUACCAACAAACAGUUGUUAAGGUCUUAUGGAGCCACCUAUUGGUGAGACAUUUGAAAAAGAAAAACUUUUUUUUAUGUUGCUUAAGUUGCAGCAGACAUCUUGUUGUGGUUUAUUUUUUCUUUCUUGUUUUUGUGCUGCCAUUUUUAAGGACUUGUUAUUGUAUAAUUUUGACCUCUUUAAUUAUGUAUUUUUGAUGAAUACUAAUGAAAUUAUCAUCAAUAAAAUUACCAUUAGUUCUUUUAAUCCAA